AUGCAAAGUAUCGGUGAUUAUCUGUACAAUUAUGGUAUACAGAUCAAGCAUGCGCUACCGAGCUUUUCGAAAACGAGUGACAGAAUGAUGCGCCGUGUAUUGGUGCAGAAAGCCGGAAUUUAUGCAAUUUGUAUUUCAAUCUUGGCACUUUGCGUGUUGCUGCCACUUUGGAACUAUUUGGCAUUGAAAAACUGGGCUUUCAAAUUGAGACACCACAUGAGACACGAUGUGCUCCGAAAAAUUCGCUGGCUGCAUAAUUCUCGAAUCUUACACAACCAGACGUUCCGAAUAUGUGUAUUCUGGCUUACCAUCUCGUGUGUGUGCUCUUUGGCCGGCACGAAGGGUGAUCUCAUUCAAAUUACGAAAAGACUUGGAAGGGUAGCAGUUGCCUUAAUGCCCCCAUUGCUAUUUCUUACGCUUCGGCCCUCGCCGUUGCCGCAUACAUUAUACCUCUCGCUCCUUCCAAUUCAUAAAUGGAUCUCAAGAAUUGUGGUCUUACUAUCCUUUUUGCAUACUGUACUAUACGCGUCAUAUUUUUGGAAACAUCAUGCAUUCCUGGCUAAAGUGAGCAAACCAGCAAAUAUGUGGGGGGUUUUGGCCAUGCUGUUGUUUGUGCUCAUUGCUGCUACCUCUGUGUCCCAAAUACGCAGGUACAAUUUCCAAGUUUUCUACUGCGCUCACUACUUAGCCACAUGGCUGACAGUUGUUCUGAUUCACUAUCAUGCAAGGCCAUCGAUCCCUUACUAUACAGUUAUGAACUGUUCGCUUUUAAUUGGGCAGAUAGCAUACAGAGCAUUUCACACAAGGCGAGCAGUAAUUUGCGUCAAUGAAGUAUCGCCAAACCUAAUGCUUAUUGAUUUUCCUGCCCCGGAGCUUUCGAACAGACCUCUCAUGCCCUCGGCCCAUAUUAGAAUGACUUCAUAUCAUAAAAAGUCUCCGCUACGAAGAAUAUUACAGCAGUUUGUCCCUCUCCAGCACCCCUAUACCAUUGCCAGCCUUCCUAAUGACAAUAAUGUCAAACUAAUAGUGCGCCCUGGAAAGUUCCAGCUGCGCAAUAACUCACCUUAUCUAGUCACUGGACCUUUUGAGCCAAAGCUAGAUUUUUUAUCGAAAAGCAAAAGCAUGAAACUUGGAGAGCGCAAUUUUUCCUUCCAAAAUCAAAGUCCAGCACUUUUGGCUUCGCCUCUUCACUACAAUACCGAUAUUAGAAGAGCUCUUAUUAUCACUGGAGGAAGUGCAAUAUCGUUUGGCUUGCCGUUGCUUAGAGUUCUAAAUUUCAACGGUGUUACCGUUCGUCUUAAGUGGGUAACUAGAGACUAUCGAGAUUUGGAGUUACUGAAGUAUUUCAAAAACAAUUUCGAAGGUCUUGAAAUCUACAUUACGGGUGGGGAAACGGACGAGCAAGACUUGCGUAUAGACUACGUUGACUUCGACGAUCCCGCUUCCGAUGACCAAGAUUUCCACAGUGGCGCUGAAAGCGCUUCGUAUCAACCCAACCAAGAUUCUUUCCCGUCCGGUGACUAUGGAACAUUCAAAUCUGUAGAUGCCUCCGAAUCGGCAGGCAUGUUGAAUCAAGGAAGAAGCAAUCAGGAAGACGAGAUUGAUUUUACACAAUUGUUCAGCGCUCGCAGCACUAAAAGUAAGAACUCAGGGAAAACGACUUUCUCGCCCACAAUGUUCCAAAAGGAGAACGCUUUCCGUAAGCCUUCGAUACUUGUUCCACCCCCCGAUCAGAGUGAUGCCUUUCAAGAGAGAAAUGAAGGAUCUACGAAGACUUUAAGGAUACCGGCUGGUGUGAAAGUGUUUUUCGGGCGCCCAAACCUUACCAAUCACGAUUAUCAAUGGUGUCUAGAAAAAGAAUGCAUUGGCCCCUCUGAUAGAAAUGACUGCUGUCAACCUGAUGUUCCAAAAGCGCAUGUUGACGAUCUGUGCCGCGUUUGGGUUAUCGCAGCAGGACCAUCUCAGCUGGUGGAAAAUACAAAGAGAUGGGCUAACGACGGCGGACUACAUUUUCAUGAGGAAAGUUUUACGUUGUGA